AUGGAACCUGAUAAAGUACAAGGUUUAAUAAAAGAACUAUCUAUGCCAAGUGAGCCGAUUGAUGAUAACGAUAGAGGAAAUAAGAGCAAAGAAUCAAAACCAAUAACUUUACUCCAGUUAUACUAUAAUGCAAACCGGGCAGAAAAACGUGUAACCCGUGCCUACCAAGAAGAAAUAAGAUGCUGGUAUCUGUUUGCUAAAAAAUUUGAAGAAAGAGUUAAAGAAAUAAAAAAUAAUAACAGUAGGUACAAUGAUCAACAAGCUAGAGAGUUAGUAUAUAGCGAAGUCGCAACCAAUCUUCUGGGAUUUACAAGAGAUAGUUUGCGCAAAAAAACUGCAAAGGCUAGAAAUAUCUACAAGUUGUUUGGAGAAAUUUAUGACCCCGAUACCAAAAAAAUA